AUGGAGAAGCCGCCCUCAAUAUCCUCAGUAAACGAAACCCUUUUACGCUCUGAGGCAUCGGAGGUUGUCGGGAGCAGGGUUCCUUUAUGUAAAAGCGAGGCAGGUGUAAUGUUGAUGGUAAUGAUGAGGCUGUUGCGAAUGAUCCGGCAGUUUUGGGGAUUGGAGAAGGGUCUCAAUAGCGAACAGUUUGGAGAGGCGAGAGCUACGAUAUUAUGGUCGUGCCAUUCCUUCAGGAUUGUCGUACUUUAUAUGGAAGAGGAGUCACCUCGGAAUGUUACCGCUUCGAUUCUGGAAUAUUUACCGAAGGCGUUCAGCCGAGCUGAUAAAGCAUGGAGUGUUCAUCGUAGGGCCGUACGAGUUGAUCAUGCUUACUAUACGGAAGUGGUAGUUCUUGAAAGCAUAUAA